AGAAAACCUUCCUUGCCUUGGAAGCAGGAAAAGCACGGACGCUCCAUACGAAUGGCUGACGUAUUCCGAGGAUUUGCAUUUAAGAUUAACCAACUAAUAAUCGGUUUUGGCUCCGCAUUGGUGCAUACUAUUGGCUACCAAGAAGGUGCUCACAAUUUUGUUGGUAUCUAUGCUCGAAAUUCCAUGCAGUGGAUCGUAACACAACAGGCUUGCGCAGCAUAUUCAUACAUUUACGUUCCUCUGUACCACACGCUGGGAAAAGAGGCGAUGCAGUACAUCAUACAGCAAACCGAACUCCAAACCGUUAUGUGUCAUUCAAUGACGGAAGCGAAGUUUAUUCUAAAUGAAGUUCAGUCAUCUAUCAAGUACGUAAUACUGGCCACACACCCGGAGGGGAUCGACAGCGAAUCUGUGUUCGGGGAGAAUGUUCGCUUAAUUUACUUUGAUGAGAUGACCACACAUGGGAGAACAAACCCGGUACCUAUGCGG